CCACUGUCCGAAUCACUCCCUCCCCCACACCGCCUACUGCUCCAGCCCACAAGGCCACUGCUGUCUGCUGCCACUAGCCAGCACCCAUACGGAGCCGGCAGCCCGACACCCCUACCCGUUUCAGGACACAGCCGUUUUCGCCGCGGAGGACAUGGACCAGCUCCCCAAGCUCGCGGCCAACUACGCGCCCCUCAGCCCGGUGGGCUUCCUGCCGCGCGCCAAUGCCGUCUACGGCGACCGCGCCUCCCUCGUCUACGGCCGGGUGCGCUUCACCUGGAGCCAGACCCACGAGCGCUGCCGCCGCCUCGCCUCCUCCCUGCUCCUCACCCUCGGCGUCCGCAAGAACGACGUGGUCUCCGUGCUCGCGCCCAACGUGCCCGCCCUCUACGAGAUGCACUUCGCGGUGCCCAUGGCCGGCGCCGUGCUCAACACCGUCAACACCCGCCUCGACGCCGCCGCCGUCGCCGCCAUCCUGCGCCACGCCGAGGCCAAGCUCUUCUUCGUCGACUACGACUACGUGCGCCUCGCCAGCGACGCGCUCCAGCUGCUCGCCGCUGCCGGCGCGCCCGUCCCGCUCGUCGCCGUCAUCGACGACCUCGACCGCCCCACCGGCGUCCGCCUCGGCGAGCUCGAGUACGAGGCGCUUGUCGCGCACGGUGACCCCACGGUGGAGCUCCCGCAGCUCCAGGACGAGUGGGACGCGGUCACGCUCAACUAUACGUCCGGCACCACGUCCGCCCCCAAGGGCGUGGUCUACAGCCACCGCGGCGCGUACCUGAGCACCACCAGUUUGCUCAUGUCCUGGGAGGUCGGCACCGAGCCGGUCUACCUCUGGACGCUCCCCAUGUUCCACUGCAACGGCUGGACCUUCACCUGGGGUAUGGCGGCCCGCGGCGGCGUCAACGUCUGCAUCCGCGAGAACCGCCCCGCCGAGGUCUACCGCGCCAUCGCCCGCUACGGCGUCACCCACAUGUGCUGCGCGCCGGUCGUCUUCAACAUCCUCCUCGAGGGUGGCGACGCCACCGCGCGGCUCGCGAAGCCCGUCAACGUCCUCACCGGCGGCGCCCCGCCGCCGGCCGCGCUGCUGGAGCGCGUCGAGAAAAUCGGCUUCAACGUAACGCACGCCUACGGGCUCACCGAGGCCACGGGCCCCGCGCUGGCGUGCGAGUGGCGCGCCCAGUGGGACAACCUGCCCAUCUCGGAGCGCGCGCGCCUCAAGGCCCGGCAGGGCGUCAGCGUCCUGUCACUCGCCGACGCCGACGUCGUCACCGACGACGACGCGAUGGCCAGGGUGCCGCGCGACGGGAAGACGCUGGGCGAGAUCGUGCUCCGAGGCAGCAGCAUCAUGAAGGGGUACCUCAACAACCCGGAGGCGAACGCGCAGGCGUUCAGGGGCGGGUGGUUCAUGACGGGCGACGUCGGCGUGGUGCACCCGGACGGGUACAUCGAGAUCAAGGACAGGUCCAAGGACGUGAUCAUCUCCGGCGGCGAGAACAUCUGCAGCAAGGAGGUGGAGGAGGCGCUGUUCCGGCACCCGGCCGUGGCCGACGCUGCGGUGGUCGCGAUGCCGCACGCGCACUGGGGCGAGACGCCGUGCGCGUUCGUGGUGGCCAAGGACAAGGCGGCCGGGGUCUGCGAGGACGACGUGAUGGCCUUCUGCCGCAAGCGCAUGUCGCGCUUCAUGGUGCCCAAGAAGGUGGUGGUCUGGGACGUCCUCCCGAGGAACGCGCUCGGCAAGGUCGAGAAGGUGAAGCUACGGGAGGAGGCCCGGAAGCUGGUGCCGGCCGUGGCAGUGGCGCCGCCGGCACAGAAGACGAAGGGGAAGCCGACGACGAAGACGGUCGGCGGAGGGCGCCGGGACGAGCACCCGGUGGAGCAAGUCAUGGCCAUGUCAAGGCUAUAGGGCAUGCAGAGCGCCAUUGCCAACAACAAGCAUACGUACGUUCCUACGUGCAUUUCUUCGUGAUGAUGUCGUACGGUUUCAAACCAUGGUGGUUUGGUCAGGUAAUUAAGAGAUCUACGUGUGUUGGUAAAAAGUGUAGGAACUUGGCACCAUGCAUGCAGGCGUGCCAACGUUGCAGAAAUAAGCAGGGAGUGCGGUUAAGACUUAAGAGAGCUGUGAAAGCUCUAUUCUGUGUAUAGGAUGGAACGAGUCUGUAUUAGUGCAGUGGCACCAAACUGUUUUUUACUCUGUUUUUCUCUUAUUUUCUGAUGAUCAAUUGGAACUUUCAUAUAUGUAUACGUUGUAAAUAUCGAGUGUGGAAAUGUGAAGGAAAUCUUCGUGUCAAA